AGAAAAAAUAGCUCAUCGAAAGGCUCACCACUAAAACCAGUCAUGUUUUGGAUAUACGGAGGGAGUCUUAUCAGUGGCACAAUAUUUAUGCCCUACUAUAACGGCAGUGUUUUGGCCACUAAUGAUGUCGUACUCGUGGCCACAAAUUAUAGAUUAGGAUCUUUAGGAUUCAUGUUUGGGGGACGAGAGGACGCGCCCGGAAAUGUGGGCUUUUAUGACCAGUUAUUAGCACUUAAAUGGGUGAGAGAUAACAUCCAUGCAUUUGGUGGGGAUAGGGAUCAGAUCACUAUAUUUGGUCAGAGCGCCGGCAGUUGGUCGGUGUCCGCACAUAUAGUCUCUCCACUAUCUAAAGGCCUAUUCAAGAGGGCUAUUAUGGAGAGCGGGGCCCAUAUGUACUACAAGGAGAGGGAUGUGAUCAACACUACCGAAGCCAUACUCAAUGGCCAGCAUUUAGCGGAACAACUGAAAUGCAAUACAACUGAACAAUGGUUACAAUGUCUGCGAGGAGUUGACGCAAAGGAAUUCAUAAAAAUAGUGUCUUUCCUCACAUUUCCGGUCGAAGGCACAGAAUUUCUGCCCAUUUCUUAUAAAAAGGCAUUUGAGACCAAAAAGUUUAAUUCCGAUAUAGAUUUAAUCGCUGGAAUGACAUCAGAUGAGGACUCGGGUAAGAUAAGCCAGAUCUUUCCCGACGUACACAACCUGACUGUAGAGGGGUUUAAAUUUUUGAUGUCGACUGUCAAUCAGAUAUAUCACGGAUUAGACGCCGAAAAUGUGACACAAUUUUACCUCAAGAAUAUUGACCCGAAAGAUCCCGGCGCCAUUGUGCAAGCUUACGAGGUGUUCCUUGUGAGAGGUCUGACAGUGAAUGCAUUGAACACAAGUGUCGACCAGUUUUUGAACAUUCCUUACGCCGAACCCCCGGUCGGGAGCCUUAGGUUCGCUAAACCCGUACCCCUUAAAGAGCCCAUAAAAGAGAUUAUAGAUGGGACCGAAACUGGAAACUCGUGCUAUCAAACAGUUAAUGAAUUGUAUAAAGACUUUAUCGGAAAUUUAACACUAAGUGAGGACUGUUUGGUACUAAACGUAUGGACACCUCAUGUCAGAAGUAAUACCUCAUCGAAAGACUUACCACUAAAACCAGUGAUGUUUUGGAUUCAUGGCGGAGGUCUAGUAAUUGGAUCAUCAUUUCAAUACCAAUACAACGGCAGUGCACUGGCAGCUCAUGAUGUGGUGGUUGUGUCCAUGAACUAUAGAUUAGGACAGUUUGGGUUCCUAUACGGUGGCGAUGAUAGGGCGCCCGGAAAUCAGGGCUUUUAUGACCAGUUAUUAGCACUCAAAUGGGUGAGCGAAAAUAUCCAUAAAUUUGGUGGGGAUAGGGAUCAGAUCACUAUAUUUGGUGAGAGCGCCGGUAGUUGGUCCGUAUCCGUGCAAAUAUUAUCUCCGCUAUCGAAAGGCCUGUUUAAGAGGGCUAUUAUGGAAAGUGGUGCCCAUAUGUUCAAUAAGGACAGGGAUAUCAGAACUAAAUCUGAAGUUUUAGGCGACGCCAAGAAUUUAGCCAAACAUUUCAAUUGUAGUGAAAAUGAAUGGUUAGAGUGUUUGCAAAAAGUGGACGCAAAUGACUUAAAAGAAGUCAUAAUGGCAGCUACAAUGGCCACAAUUGAUACAGAAUACCUCCCGGUGUCGGCACACACAGCAUUUGAAACACUAAAAUUCAACAAGGAUCUGGACCUAAUGGCAGGUGUGGCCGCACACGAGGGCUCUUUGUUAUUGUAUAGUGUAUUACAACAUAUCCCACAAAACAUAACUGAAUCUGAAUUUAAGAAAUUAGCGCAAAGUUUUGAUUCAUUGUUUCACGACUUAAAUGCCACCGCAAUAACCGACUUUUACCUGGAUAAUGUCAAUAAAACUGACCCUGAGCAGGUCAAAUGGGCUCUCUAUGAUUUGUAUGGAGAUCUAAUCAUGACGUGCCCCACCUAUCAAUUUGCCAAAAACUAUGCUACACACUCGGGCGCCGGUAGUGUGUAUUUCUACGAGAUUACUUAUACUAGGUCAAAUAAACAAGAUCCGCAAUAUGAUGUUAGUCAUGGGGCGGACCUGGACUUUGUGUUUGGUUAG